GCAGUUGAGGAGGGGUAAAGAGAGAGAGAGAGAGGGUGACGAAGCCAUCAGGGAGCAACUUUGCACAACAGAUAUCAAGGGUUGUGCAAGGUUAGGACCCUUAGAAGUCCACACAGGUGAAGCAGCCACUGUUGGUCCUGAUACACGCUGGGAGUUUUUGCAUGUCGGCCUGAGAGGAUUGCGGCGGAUCACCCAGCACCCGGUCAGACCUGUGGAGUCGAGGACAGUGAGUGGACAGGGGAGAGAGUGGACGUUGGGACGCGCCUCGCAAAAUGACCCGCUACUGCAGCUUGCUCCGGCGGCUUCUCUCGCUCGACAAAAAGGGCGAGGACGACGAUGAGGAGGAAGGGGCGGCCAAAAUCGAGAGCACCGAGCCGGAGCCACAGCUGAAAGGCAUUGUGACGCGACUGUUCAGCGAGCAGGGCUUCUACCUGCAGAUGCAGCCCGAUGGCACUAUCAGUGGGAGCAAAGACGAGAACAGUGACUACACCCUGUUUAACCUCAUCCCAGUGGGCCUGCGAGUGGUGGCCAUCCAGGCGGUCAAGACGGGACUCUAUGUGGCCAUGAACGGAGAGGGCUUCCUCUACACCUCAGACAUGUUCACGCCUGAGUGUAAGUUUAAGGAGUCGGUGUUUGAGAACUACUACGUCAUCUACUCCUCCACGCUGUACCGGCAGCACGAGUCCGGCCGCGCCUGGUUCCUGGGCCUCAACAAGGACGGCGUGGUGAUGAAGGGCAACCGCGUGAAGAAGACUAAGCCCUGCUCUCACUUUGUGCCCAGACCUAUCGAAGUGUGCAUGUACAAAGAGCCGUCGCUGCAUGAGAUUGAGGAGAAGCAGCGCUCGCGGAAAGACUCAGGGACUCCCACCAUGAACGGCGGCGAGAAGGUGGUGAACCAGGAGGACACUACAGAGCAGGACGGGUCAUAGCCUGCACCGGGCACCACCAGCAACGGCACAGUGCGGCGCCCCCUGGAGUCGAACUCCAUUUCAUACACCUUGUUCAAGAGAAAACAAGCAAGCGAGCUAACAAACAAACAAACAAACAAACAAACAAGACAUCAAGAAGACAAACAGCAGAAGAAAAUAAAACGAAAAAAAAAAAAAAUCCAAACCCAAAACAAGACAAGAAAAAAAUAAAAAGAAAAAAAGGAAAAAAAGAAAAAAAGAAAAGGAAGGAGAACAAAAAAAUGGAAUUCUUGCCUGUGAAAUAUUUUAGAAAAAAAAAAAAUAGGGGGAAAAUAUUUGGAAAUCAGGACAUGAAUUUACAUUUUAUGCAAAAAGCCUGCUGUAGGGCACUGGGAUGUCCAUAUCCUCUUCCUCCUCCUCCUCUUCCUCAUCCCAUGAUGAUGUAAACAAUGUUUUUGAAUUUUAAGCUCUGAAAAAUAAGCUUUAAGCCAUGGUAGAAAACACACCUUGAUUCAUGAACGCAAUGGCACUUUCACUGGCUUCUAUGUGUUGUUACUAUCAUUAAGAAGAAUUUGGUCAUUGCUCAUGACUCUUUUUUGUUCUUCUGUCAUCUAUUUCACUUUAUUAUUUGUUUUCUUUGGGUGGGGCAGAGGGUUUGAUAUGGAUCAUGUUAUCAUUGGGAUUCGUCAUUCGUAUUGUGUUCGGGGGUGUGGGUGAGAGGGGGUCAGCUAUUGGUGGUGUAGAAUACUGAUCGUACUUUCUCGGUGCAUGUUAGGAACUGUCAGAAAGUUCUCAUGGUUGUCUUGGCAAAAGCUGUCUGAUUGACUUGAGGUUGUUGUCUGCGAUGUCUCGGGCCUUGUCAAGGCAAAAACAAAACUGUGCCCACCCCCCCCCCAACCACCCCCUUUUGGAAAUGCAUGGACGACAGUGAGCAACCUAGGGAUGGACUGGUAAAUAUUGUGAUGAACUGUCCCCCCUCCACGCACGCCCCACUGCGCCACACAUCCACUCUCACUCCACUCCACUCCACUCCACUCCACACCUGGCCGUAUACGUGGACAUUCUUAUAGCACUUAACUGACGUGCAAUCUGGGAGUCUUUCUCUAGUUUCUUUUCCUGCCAAAAGCACAGACUGCCCUCUCUCAGCCUGCUGGCCCUGUCUUCCCUCCCUCCAUCCCUCCCUGUCAGGGUGGAGAGACCACCAGUGGAACAGGAUGUACAGCCCUGUGCGCCGUCUACCGUUUUUUAAUCUGAGAGCAAAUGAUAAACGUUGAUGUGCAGGUAAAGAAAGUAAAAGUCCCUCGCCGUAUAUAUAUUUCUUUCGCGCCCCCCCCCCCUCUUCCCCUUAUCGGCCAUAAACCUGCUUGAAGAACUUCAGAUACUGGAGUGGAGUUUUACUUUCUUAACCUGGACUGCAUCCUGGUGGAUUGAUGUUAGCAUGAAAUGCUUUAGCCUCCCUUGCUAGUCUUGCUACUCUAUUAGACUUGUAUGGACUCUUGCUAGAGUUGUCUGUUAAUAAUGCUAAUCUGUCGGUAGCGCCAGUGAGGACGCGGAUUGUUUGAGGAGGCGAUGGAGUACAGGGACUGCACAGCAGAUGACGAUAGCUUACCCCGCGAUCGUCCGAGGCGAGACCCACCGCUGGGGCCUGGGCGCAUCAGAGGUGAAUACGCACUGCCCUUUACUCAUGUAGACUUCCCAUUGCCCACUCGCCAUGCCUGCUACGAUGUCAUCAUCCAUAGCUAGUCACGAGCACCGCGGGAUAUUUUUGAGGCAUCUUCAGACGCACGCACGCACACAAACACACACACGCACACACACACGCGAUCACCCAUCCACCCAUUCAUAAACACACGCAAAACAAACAGUGUUUCACUUUAAUUUAGUUGAUCCAGGAAGUACUGAACUACAGGAGGUCAUAGAGGCUGUCUCUGACUGGCUGUCAAGGCCCAGGUUUCCCUCGAGCGUGUUGGCUCAGCGAAGCAGAAAAGGCCAGUCUCCAAUAACAAGACUCGUCACGCCUCUGAAAUGUCUUCCAAAAUAAAUAAACAAAUAAAUUGGGGGAAAAUGGCACCAGCAUCACGCACGUGUCCAUCUACAGGGUUGGGAAACAGAGGAGGGUCUUGCAGGACUUCUGUGCGUGGUUUCUUUUUUUGUCAUUGACCACAGCUACGUGACAGGACACUCCCAAUCUCAGCAUCCCCCCUGUCAUUGGAGGGUGUCAUGUUGUGGGGUCUGAUGUUCGUUGCCAUAUUUGACGCUGUCUUUUCGGCUGACCUGGACUUUUUUUUUUUUGUCUCAUUUUGACUUUAUGUUUGCUAGCAUAUGCACCUUUAUUAUUAAGUCACAUUCAUAUGCAUUAUACACUAGGGGAAAACAUUCAAUAUACGCAGCAGGAUGAAAAAAAAGAUCAUUAAAAAAAAUAAAAAAAUUAUGA